UGCAGCAGCUAAGUUGGUAUCGAGUUUGGCAGCCUGCAAGUCUCGAUACCUUAUGCAGGCUCCCUCAGCCGCACGCGCUACGGCUUUCUGGGCGUGGCGCCCGUUGGGCCGCCCGCUCACAUAUCGUGCGGUGACAGCAGUAUUCUGGCUGCUCCCCCGGGCGCCAUCCAAGACCCCUGGUUCCGCCUCGACCGAGAUCUCGCCCUCACCAACCCACCCAGGCCAGCCAUGAGCGGUGUCAUGGGGCCCGGCCCGGCGGCAAGGCCAAGCCCCGACCGCCCAGCGGGAAUAGCCACACCGCGGGUUCGAUAAAUUGGCCGGUCUGGCCCCCGAAUUUCCCGCUCGCAGCUCACGAUGCCUCUCUCGUCAUGUGCGUGUGUGCCUGCCCCGUGUGAGGUGACGGAGUCGUGAGACAGCUUCAUUGCUCCAGAAGCACCAACUUUCUGUCUGUCAUUGCCAGCGACUAGUCUUGCACGAAAACACGACGCGCUAUGAAGCGACUUCUCCUGCUCCCCAGGGCCGCCCUCGUCGGCGCUGCCGCCGCCGCCAUCGAGCACAUCACUCUGCCCGUGUUCGACAACGCCGUCGUCAAGGCCCUCAACCCUACCGACCCGGGCUACACCGCCUGCCGCCUGGUCAGCGCCAAGGUCAACAUUUGCGUAAGCUCCGCUGGCGGCCCGACGGCCAUCUCGACGGCCGAGCCCCUCGCCCUGGCCAAAUGCGCCUGUUGCGACGGCACGAACCCUGUGGCCGCCGCGUACUCGUCUUGCGCCGUGUACCUGUCGACCGAGGCCCCGGAAAUGAGUAGCCAGUACUCUGCUUAUACGAACCUGGCUUCUCUCUGCCGCGUUGGAAACGCCAACAACUGCGCCGGCACCUCGGGCGCGGCAACUGUUGCCUCCGUAACCGAUUCUCCAAGCUCUGUAACGUCCGGGGCAACCGGCACCAUCCCCAUCACGAGCGUUAGUGGGCUCGGAAACGUCGCUCCGGCUUGCAGCUCCAUGUUCGGGCUCUAUGAGUCGUGCUCAAAGAACGUUCCCGGCUUCGCAAAUGCGCCCUAUGGCGUGCAAGCGCCUUGCUACUGCUGUGUCACACUCCGCGGCGAGGCGACGUGGACUGACCAGCUGGAUAAGUACGCCCAGACAUGCCGUGACUGGGCCAAGGCCAGCGGCCCCAGCAGCAUAUAUACCGUCGCCAAAACGUUUGCUGGCUUUUGCCAAAACUUCAGCGAUGCCUGCUUCUCGACCUCGACGCUCGCAACCAACGAGGCCACCGCCACCGCCACUGCUGCGACAACGAGCACUGACGCUCCUGUCACGAGCAAGCCUCAGAGCUCUCCGACCACGACCACCGCGGCCCCGACGACGACUGGUGGUGCGGCAAGCCUGCGAAUCGGCUCAGCUGCCGGUCUUGUAGUCGCCGCCGUCAUCGCUGUUGUGUUAUGAGACAGACGAAUUUGUCUCCCAGCUCCAUUCAUUCAACCGACUUUUUGGUACAUCAUGGUUCCAUGGACACUUGCGAGCGCAUAUAGCCUGUGAGCACAUAGCAUGCAUAUAUAAUAUAUCUUGUUAGAUACCCCCC